AGGGUCUCACUAUGUUACCCAGGCUAGUCUCGCAGUCUCGCACUCCUGGCCUCGAGAGAUCCUCCUGCCUUGGCCUCUCGGCCUCCCAAAGUGCUGGCCUGUGCCCAGCCAAUGGCUGUUCCAAAUUAGGGUCUACCCGUCUCUGGGCAGGGCUAAAAUCCGCGGGCGGCCCCGCACCGCUGCCACGCACAGUCCUGUGCGCCCAGACCCGACGCAAACAAGAGCCGCAACCUUCCGGGCCCCCGCCCCACGCAGGGUUCCCGCCCCACUCCGGCUCCGCCCCUCUCCCAACCCUGCCAGGCUCUCCAAUCGCAUGUGGAAUUAUCGCUCUACCCAGGCGGUGGUGUCGAUCUCCGCUCCAAUUGGGGCAGUACCAUGGCGGAGAAGACUCAAAAGAGUGUGAAGAUUGCUCCUGGAGCAGUUGUGUGUGUAGAAAGUGAAAUCAGAGGAGAUGUAACUAUCGGACCUCGGACAGUGAUCCACCCUAAAGCACGAAUUAUUGCGGAGGCCGGGCCAAUAGUGAUUGGCGAAGGGAACCUAAUAGAAGAACAGGCCCUUAUCAUAAAUGCUUACCCAGAUAAUAUCACUCCUGACACUGAAGAUCCAGAACCAAAACCUAUGAUCAUUGGCACCAAUAAUGUGUUUGAAGUUGGCUGUUAUUCCCAAGCCAUGAAGAUGGGAGAUAAUAAUGUCAUUGAAUCAAAAGCAUAUGUAGGCAGAAAUGUAAUAUUGACAAGUGGCUGCAUCAUUGGGGCUUGUUGCAACCUAAAUACAUUUGAAGUCAUCCCUGAGAAUACGGUGAUCUAUGGUGCAGACUGCCUUCGUCGGGUGCAGACUGAGCGACCGCAGCCCCAGACACUACAGCUGGAUUUCUUGAUGAAAAUCUUGCCAAAUUACCACCACCUAAAGAAGACUAUGAAAGGAAGCUCAACUCCAGUAAAGAACUAAGAACAGUAUAUGACAUGAAGAUAACAUUUUGUCUUUGACCACUGUCUUUUGAAUGGGCCCACAGUGUUUAUGUACUCUUAACAACUCAGAAUAAUACAUGUUCACUUUAUUUUGUAAAAUUGGGUUGAGAGGAAACUAAUGGAGUUUGAUUGUAACUGUCCUUUGUAAUUUAUAUAAAUGUAUUAUUUUCCUGUAUCCUUGCUUUUCUGAUAAUUUACAGAUUUAGCUUUUCUUUUGUUAUAUAAACUGCUAGCCACAAAUUUUAGUUAUGUAAAAGACUACCCUUGACAAGAAAAGACAUACUGUUAUGUAUUUAUAUUCUAGCAGAGACUAAACUGAAUAAAAAUGCUAAUAACAGGACCUUUAGUGAGCAUACUUUAAUCAGUUUUUCUACUUGAAUUAAUCUUUUCUCUUAAUUUUUAUUAUGUAUUAGUUGUAUUAAAGCUAAUGUGUUUACUUUU